UGAAGGAGUAACGCUGGGAACAGCGAUGACUGUUUGGUGUAUUUUGGACUGCAGUGUCAACGCUGUUUGGGAUUAGCCGGAUAGACAGGCGCAAAGAAUCACCCUCGGACCCGGGGGGCACUGAGAGAGGCAGAGAGAGACAGGCACAGAGGAGAGAGAGAGACAGAGACAGAGAGACAGAGAGGCAGACAGAGAUAGACAGACAGAGAGACAGAGACAGAGAGACAGACAGAGAUAGACAGAGAGACAGAGACAGACAGACAGACAGAGGGAGACAGACAGUGACAGAGAGACAGAGACAAACAGAGAGAGAGACAGAGAGAGAGGCGGGGAGAGAGAGAGAGAGAGACAGAGAGACAGACAGAGAGAGAGAGGGAGAGAGACAGACAGACGGAGAGGGAGGCGAAGAGAGAGAGACGGAGCGACAGAGAUACAGAAAGAGAGAGAGAGGUAAAGAGAGAGAGACGCAUACACAGAGGAGAGGCGGACAGAGAGAGAGAGAGCGAGACAGGGGAAGGCAGAGACAGAGAGAGACACAGAGAGUGAGACGCAUUUACAGAGGAGAGCCGGAGAGAGAGAGAGAGAGAGAGUCAGAGGAUGGACAGAGAGCGGGUGGUGGAUUAAAUCCUUGGGUGGGUUGGAGCAUUCACUCCUGACCCUACAAACUGUCCCUUCUUUUCAGGCAGACAGUAAAACUCCUUUUCAGUUGUGGGGGCGGGAGUCUGGGGGAGCGAAAUGAGAUUUAUCAUCCAUCUCACACGAAGAGGAGAUUCGACACUGAAAUGUGUAAUGAUAUGAAAUGAAAGCGGGUUCCUCCCUCUCACAGAUGCCAGCCUGAAGUUUCUGCCUUGCGACAUGGUCUGUGAGACGAAGAUGGUAGCGGAUGAGGAUAUACCGGCCUCGAAAGGGGACGCGAUCGCCGCUUCCAGCCAAAUGUGGUCCCCAGCUCCUCCGCCGCCUUCCCCGGCUCCAGCCUCGGCUCCAGCCGGCCCCGAAGCGUCCCCGGUCCCAGCGCCGUCUCCGUCUCCGUCCCCGGGGGGAGCAGGAGGCGGCGGCCAGCGCCGGGGAAACAAGCCGGAGCCGGUGCUGCUGAUCCGGGAGUUCGAGCCCGGUGACCGGCCGAGCGUCCGCCGCAUCUUCCGAGAGGGUAUUCUGGAGCGGGUCCCCAACACGGCGUUCAGGGGCUUAAAGCAACAGCCUGGUACCCUACUGCUUUACUUCUGCUUCACCGUAAUGUGCUUUUAUCUGACCAAGUCCGCGCUGCUGACCUGCUGUGUGCCCACCUUACUAUUGGGCAUGAGAUAUUACUACAGUAGGAAAGUUAUCCUCAGCUAUCUUGAGUGUGUGCUACAAACCGACAUGUCAGAUAUAGAGCAAUAUUACAUGAAACCUGCAGGGUCCUGCUUCUGGGUCGCAGUUCUGGACGGCAAUGUCGUGGGCAUCGUGGCAGCCAGGGGCAACGAAGAGGACAACGUGGUGGAGCUUCGCCGGAUGUCGGUGGACUUUGAACAGCGGGGGAAGGGCAUCGCCAAGGCCCUGGGCCGCAAGGUGCUGGAGUUUGCGAUGCUCAACAACUAUUCGGCCGUGGUGCUGGGGACCACCGCUGUCAAGCCGGCCGCCCACAAGCUGUACGAAUCGCUGGGCUUCAGAUAUGUGGGCAUCACCAAACAUUACGUCCUCCCGGGAAUGAGCCACUCCUUCUUGGAGAAGAUGUUUUUCCAGCUUCGUUAUCACCGCUACCGCCUCCUUGUCCGCGAAGAAUAAACAUUUCCCUGCUCACCUCUCCACCAGCCCUCACCCCAUCCUGCUUGACAAUUUGGACACCUAUGCUUUAUAACAGCUCGGUUUUAUUUCUUAUCCCCAAACCCCUUGAUGUGUCCCAAGAGUCCCCCACCAGCCCCUGAUGGUGUUGGCACUCCCCGGGCUGUCAUUACGCAGUAUGCAUGGCUGGGUCCAUGUUCCCUUUGGUUAGACUCCACCAAUACCAUCAGUCUCUCUCUUAGACACACACACACACACACACACACACACACACACACACACACACACACACACGCGCGCGCACACACACACACACACACACACACACACACACACGCGCGCGCACACACACACACACACACACACACACACACACACACACACACACACACACACACACACACACACACACACGCGCGCGCACACACACGGCUGCAGGAUUGGGGACGAUUUUCCGAGGGAGGGGUUCGGAGCUGAAACGGAUGUGGUUGGUAUGCGCUUGCAUUUCAUGUCUUUCGAGUGAUGCUCAUUAAUCAACGCUCUGCCCCCCCUUCCAGCCUCCCCCAUCAAACUUCUCCAACCCCUAUACCCACCCUGACAGCCCCCCCACCCCACACCAAAGAGCCCACUGCCCCUUCGGGGCCAGCAUUACUCUGGCAGGCCUCCAAGAUCAGAGAUGACUUGGGUGUGUUUGAAAAGGAAGUGCAGCGAGCUCAGCCCCUGCUACUGAGAGAGGCAUUGCCUGCAAAUGGCAAGAUGCUCGACCCUGAAGUCACCUCCUGGCCUGAUCUUUAUGCAUCCGGACUCCAACGUGCAAGUUAAUAAAAAAAAUAGAUAAACUCUUGGAUGUGCUGCGGCUGCUGAAUGCAACAGAAUGAAAGCCAAGUGUGUCCAAUACCAUCAACUGUUAUGCCCAUUGUCUUCAGCAUUUGACCAAUUUGGACAUUCUUCACGCACGUUGCAUAUUGUGAAAUAAUCAUUUAGUUCUCCCCCCCCCCCCCCACCCCACCCCUCCCCCCACAUUCUCCUGGGUGACAGUGAGUAAACCAUUCGCAUGCAAACUGGAGUAUCUAUGCUGCUGGCAGGUUUUGUUCUGUUCCUGUUUUUAUUUUUAAUUUGCGCUUGAGCUGAAUGAUGUCAUUAGAGUAGGAGGGAGGUUGCGGUUUCUCAGAAAAUGCAUCUCCCUCCCCAACCCCCACAAGCUCCCUCCUACCUUGACACUCCCCACCCCCCACCACCACCGGACCAACCAUAUCAAUGGCACAUGCAGAGUCCAAAAAUAGCAAACAGGGAACAAGGAGAAUGGCUCUUUCAAACAAUCAAAAAAGAUUACAUACAAUCGCAAGACAAAAUCCAUAAGCAAAAAAAAACAAAAAUAUCAUUAUUAGUAAUUAAUAAUAGUCGUGACUGGUCUCUGCUGCCUUGCUUAGUGUUGCUAUGGUAGUUGCUUUAAUGACAUCAACCUUGUGACUGGUAGAAUGCAGAAGCAAUGCAAUUGGCAUGUCUGUACCCUGUGUAUUGUACAGUGCCUGCCCGAACAAUAAGACAAUGGAUAUAGUGUCUUAAUCAUGAAGUAACAACUGUGUAUAUUUUAAAAGCUUUUUUUUUGCAUGCUGAAUGUCUGUCUUUGAAUUCCAAACAACAAGAGGAUAGCUGAAUUUUAGUUUUAAUAAGGGAAAUGUCCAAAAUAUAAAUAUAUAUAUAUGAAGAAAACUUCUGGAAAUGCACUUCCGCUACUUUCUCAGAGACUCUGAUCCUCAUUGAUUUGUAAAGGGAGAUUUUAGUAUCAGUACUUUGUAAUAGACAUGCUGUAUGUGUAAAAAAAAACUGAAAAGAUACUUUUUCACAAAGUCAUUCCUGGUUAAUGGACAAGGAUUGGUUGCUUUGUUUAUUUUUGUUACGCUGAUGUUUUCUGAAAGAUACCGAAGUUGAGCUGGCAAAAGUCAAAUUUUCUUUUUUUAAAGAUAGUAUUUUACUGGCAAUGAAUAUCUCUUGGCUUCUAAUGUGCGGUCAAGCGAAUGUGUAUCUGAAGUAGUGAAGAUCUCUCACAUCAGUCCAAAUUAUUUUUUAGUCAUUUUCUGUACAUAGAUGAUACCUCGCUGGCGAUGGUGAGUUUGUUGCAGUUCUAAAACUAGCGCAAUAUUGGUCUACAAUAGUCCCACAGCUCGUGUGGCCAAGCAACUCCACGGGUGAGAGGACUUGUUUUAUUCUGUGCCACUCCUAGGGGAAUCUCGAUGAAUUUUGUUUUAUUUUCGAGUUGGUUUUUUUUGUAACAAUAAGGCUCUUCUGUUUCUCUCCUCAGUCUCUUUGGAUCGUGGUCUGGCCGUAAACAGGGCUGCAUCUAAGAUGGCCACUGGGAGGCGCAAGAGGGUGAUCGUCGAAUGACCUCUAGCGCCUCGCCACGGAGAGAUGCCCAGCCAAGAUCAGGAACUAUUGGGGACAGCAGGGGCUCAUGUCUCAAUCCCUGGUGUAGAGUUAGUGUUGAAUAUUGGAUGUGGUAUCAGUUUGUAACGAGGGGUGGAAUUGCUAGCUUUUUAAGAAGAAAGUAUGUUAAUAUGAGUGUAACAGCUUGUCUCCAAUGUAACAGUUUGGUGUAGAUAAUGUAUCCUUUACAGGAAUCCCCAAAUUACUCUCUUUUUACAUCAGCCUAGUCAUUUGAUGGGUGAGUUAAAACUGGGCCACAAUACGGCAAAGUUAAUGGACCCUGUGUUCUGAGAUGGGGCAGUUGGUCACAACUCAGUCAGUUGUCACACCAUGUCUCUGAAUGUCCUCCACUCCAAUUCUGCCCAUUUCGCUGCUUAUACCGUCUGCAGAAAGAACUGAACCUCUCGGCCCUUGUUGUAAAACAUGAGCUCUGUGAUUGGUUGGGCUUGAAGAGGUUUAGCCAUUGGAGUUUUGGCAUUUCAGAUUUAACUCCAUCACUUCACCAAAUCAAAGAUUGUUGCUUGGGGGAGAUAAAAGACACAAAGAUGUGAAGCCCUGCUUUAAUUGUAUCAUCCUCUCACCCGCCUCCUCAGCCAAACUCUAUUGGCCCUUUGCUUUGUGUGGAUUGAGAGGAAAUUUGCUGUCAGCCUCCUGCCUUGUUCUAGCCACCAAGAUGUACAACAGUGGAGGCUCGAGUGAAACAGAAUUAGCCUGGAAGGAAGAAAUAGUUUAAUGGCUGUGAGAAUACAAAGCAUUCCCAUUCUCAAAUUCCUCAACCUGUUUCUUUCCCCGUGGUUAUGAAAAGCAAUAAAAACUAGCUGGUGGCAUAUAAGUGAAGACCUGGUUGGCAAGAUUUGAAGCUGAAACUCUGAAGUAUUACAGUAAUAUGCAGUAAUAUAUGAGAAAAGAUUCAAAGUAGACUUUGGCUCACCGUUACUCAUUGUCGCACACAGGGGUGCCCAAAGGCAGCAUUAAGUGUGACAUGAUUCAGCACUGCAGUGUUUAUGUAAUAGAGAGUCUCUUGCCCUGGCCUGAAGGUGUUUGUAGUUUGCUGAUCAUGUAGCACUGGCACGGCUUGUUGCUAAUGGAUAGCCAUCUCAUACACCAGUCAAUGAGGCCUCCACUCACCAGUAACAGCUCAAAAGCACACACUAACCUGAUUUGGAAGUAUAUUGGUGUUCCUUCACUGUCACAAGGUCCUAAUCCUGGAACUCUCUCCCUAACUGUGGGUGUCCUUCCACACUAAGGCCCCACAUUUUAAGAAGGCAGAUUGUCACACCAAUCUCCAGGCCAAUUAGGGACAGGCAUUCAAGACUAGACCAGCUGAUAAAAACCUACAUCGCACAAACAAAUCAACAAAAGUGUAUCCCAUGCCCUGGCACUGAAUUGUCCGAAGAUCCCAGGUCAGAUCCCGGCGUAGAUAAUGUCUCUCUGACAGAAACCCAUGGCCACAACCAUCCAGAAGGUAUAGCAGAUACAGGGAAACACCACACUCUGCAAGUUUCCCUCCAACUCACUCACCAUUCUGCCUUGGAAGUAUAUUGGCCAUGGUCAGAAUCCUGGCAAUCCCUCCAUACUGUCCCUACAGCACAAGGACAGUAAUAUUUCAAGAAGGGAAAGCACUUAUAAUGAUGGCAAUGCUAACCUGGUAAUCCAGAGCUCCUGAUUAAUGUUGAGGGAAUUUGGGUUCAAUCUGGAUUUAAAAGCUAGUCUCACGGUGACCAUGUAAUCAGUGCUGAUUGUAAUAAAAACGCAUCUGCUACACUAAUAUCCUUUAGGGAAGAAGAUCUGCCAUCCUCUGCUGAUCUGGCCUUCGGUAUCUCCAGACUCAUGGCAAUGUGGUUGUUCUUAACUGCCUUCUGGGUAAUUUGGGAUGGGCAAUCAAUGCUGGCCCUGCCACAAGGCCCACCAUAAAUAAACACCAAGACAGGGCCAAAACUGGGAUGAUUCUAUCACUCAAGGCUCCUAUUCUUCCUUGCUCUCCAGCAGCUCCUAUUGGGAGUCAGAGGUCUUACAAACAAAAGAUAUAGCUGCAAGAAUGUGAAACCAUGGUCAAAAGGAUUACUCAGGCCUGAGGCAGUGAAAGUGCUUGAAGUACAAUAUGUAGUAAGUAGCUGUAAAAGACAAACUUGCAAAGAAGGGGGAAAGAGCCUUACAGGAACAGAGAAACAGGAGUGGGCCAUUCAGCCCCUUGAACCUGUUCUGCCAUUCAAUGAGACCAUGACUGAUCUGUGACUUAGCCCCAUAUCCCUGCCUUGGGCACGCAUACCCCUUCAUACCCUUUGUUUAACAAAAAUUCAGCUAUCUCAGACUUAAAACUAACAAUUGAUCCAACAUCCACAGCUGAAGAAAUUCUUGAUUAAAAUUAUUGCUUGAAAUGCAAUCCUUUGCCUGUAUCACAAAACUACUGAUGUAUAAAAGCACAGAGAUGUCAAUUUUGAAGCAUAAUUUAUCAGUGUUAUAAUAUAGCUUUUCUCCCUCUGCUCGCCCCAGGCAUGUCCAGUAGGAAGAUUUUGUAGUUAGGUGAAGGAAGUGACAAUAACGCCCAGUGGUGAGACACAGAAAAGUUUAAUGUUUCAGGAGUCAGAUCUUGCUGUAUAUUUCCAGGCUGGUAUAUUAAAUAGCCAACAUUUAAAACUCAUAUGUAACAUUCCCUGACAAAUGCUUUCAGCAAAAUAAUGAUUAAUGUAGUGAAUGAAGGAAACUUGUAGGAAUGUUCUACAUUCAGAUGUCAAAUGCUUGUCUUCUCACAGUCUUAAAUUCCUUCUCUUUUUGCCCCAGUUGCUUUUUGAUUUAUUGAUUUUCACUGUAUUGUCCCUUUAAGCCUUAAACAUCUAAUUCAGCAAUAAACUGACAUCAGAGACAAUGAUAAGCAGUAUUACAGCCAAUGGUAUUUGUGUUUUCAUUAAUAAGAAAUACAUUGUAAUUGACUUUUAAGCAUCUGUCAGAUGCUGGCUGCAAUUCAAUGAUGAAACUCUAUGAGUGUCCUUACAGUAAAAAUUAAUUUUGUAUUGUGACUCGAAUUUGUGCAUGCAAGUAUUCUUCAUGUUACCAGUACAUUGUAUCAGUAUUUACAAAUGUUGGAAAGGGACAUUAUUUUGUUGGCUAACCUCCAUUGCAAUGCAAGGCUAUUGGCUGACCAAGUUAAGUUGUACAUAAAUUUCAGAAAGCUCAAGGGGGCCAAUGGCUCUGAGAAAGAAAACAUCCCCUUGCUAUUUUCAACUCGAAUCACAGGCUCACUCCUCUCAUGGUCAUUGACUCCAGGGCUGUUUCCCUGGUACACAGUCAGAUAGAAACAGCAGAGAUCUGGGCCCACAUUCAGCCUGUGCUUGGCUUAGCUCAGGAUGGGAUGGGGUGGGUUGAGUUGGGGUCAGUGCUGCAAUUUUGGGAUUGAGUUGUCUUUCGUUUAUGGACCGUACAGGAUGUUUACCAAAUAACCCUGGGCUGGGCAACUCGUGAAUGCUCAGGAACAAAAGCGGAAGUUGCUGGAAAAGCUCAGCAGGUCUGGCAGCAUCUGUGGAGAGAAAUCAGAGUUAAUGUUUCAGGUUGAGUGGCCCUUCCUCAGAACUGAUGGUGGCUGGGCAACAUCGGUUUAAAGCAGCAGAUAGGAAGGGGGAGUGGGGGGGGGGUGGGGGGAAGGGGCUAAGCAGUAAAUGAUAGGUGCGGAUAGAGCCUAAAGAGAGAGAAGAGCAGUUGGACAGAUAAAGGAGUGGAUAACAAUCUGACUAUGAGGGUGAAUAGCAUGUGAUAACAAGGCUUGGUGUUUGGGGGAAAUGGGAGAGCUCAAGCCCUAAGUUGUUGAACCCAGAAUGUUCAAACUGCAUUCCCAUUAAUUAGCACUUUCACAAACUGUUGGUGUUUGGAUUUUCAUGAUUCCUCGCCAGUGACACUCAGAACAGGCCCUUCCUAAACAAUUUUAACCUUUCCCACAGCCUGGUCCAAGAUUUGGCUACAAAGCUGGACUUACAUUCGGGGCAAUUUUACUUGACACCAAAUUUAUUUUAAUUCAUUCACAGGCAUUUGAUGCAGUCAUCACUAGCUAGGCCGGCAUUUAUUCCCUAUCCCUAACUACCCUGGAGAAGGGCAAUAGAAAAGACUGUAGUGCAGAAUGUUCCACCUAAUCCUGAGAGGUGGGGGAAGGAUGCCAGUUAGGUUAAAAAUUGACCCCAGUCCCCACAGCAAAAUGCAGGAGUUUCACACCAUGCUUAGGCUGGUUGAGUAGUAGGGGGAGGCACUGUUUGUGCCCUCCAAUCCAAAAGAAAGAGCAGCACAAAGAGGCCAUUCAGCCCUGCAAGCGUGUUCUAACAUUUAACCAGGUUGUGUUUGAUGCUUGACUACAGUUCCAUUGUGCUGCCUGAUCUCUGUAUCCUUUGAAUCACUAAAGAGUCCAAAUAUCUCACCAGCCUGCGAGCAAGAGAAUCCCAAAGAUUCACAGAUUAAAGAAAUCUCCAAUCAUUUCAACCAGAAUGACUAGGCUCCUUAUCCAAAACCCUGCCCUCCAGCUCCAGUUUCUCCCUCUAGGAGAUCCUGUUUAGCCCUCUCUGAAUCUUAUUUGUCUCAAAGAGAUCACCAUUUAUCCAUUUAAACUCCCAGGAAGUAAACGCCCAAUCUAUUUGACCUCUUCUCACAGGCCAACAGGGCCAGUGGGAGCAAAGACUGAUCAACAGCCCAAUGAAGUCCUUCAGGAGUUUUUAAAGGGGCCUCAGCCAUUAAGGCUGUAAUUUUUAAGAGUUUAUAAGAACAUAAGAACUAGAAGCAGGAGUAGGCCAUUCGGCCCUUCAAGCCUACCCCGCCAUUCAAUAAGAUUGUGGCUGAUCUAUUCGCAGAUUCAGAUCCACUUCCCCGCGUUCUCCCCGUAUCCCUUAAUUCCUUUAUUGUUCAAAAAAUAUUUGCCUUAGCUUUAAAAACGUUUGCUGAAGCAGCGUCAACUACUUCACUGGGCAAGGAAUUCCAUAGAUUAACAAACCUCUGGGUGAAGAAGUUCCUUCUCAAUUCAGUCCUAAAUCUGCUCCCUCUAAUCUUGAGGCUAUGCCCUCUUGUCCUAGCUUUACCUGCUAGUGGGAACAUCCUCUCUACUUCUAUCUUAUCUAUUCCCUUCAUAAGUUUAUAUGUUCCUAUAAGAUCCAUCUCAAUCUUCUGAAUUCCAAUGAAUAUAAUCCCAAUUUACUCAGUCCCUCCUCAUAAACCAAGCCCAUCCACUCCGGAAUCAACCGAGUGAACCUCCUCUGCACCCCCUCCAGUGCUAGUGCAUCCAAUAUCAGCAAACACCAGCAAAGUGCUACAUGCUGAGGUGGAGCUGUGACCUUUGCUAGGAGGUGGAUGCGAAGGAAAGCUUAUUUCAUGACAGAGCAAGUUAUUGAGCUCUGGGUUGGAAUGUGCGGUCUACAUUGGUAUAGCCUGGCUGCCUUCUUCUACAUUAGUUUAUCCUCCAUGGGUCAGCCACCUGCUCUGAUCAGCCUCAAAAUGGCUGCCAACUGCCUUUGCCAAGAGCACUGAGCUCACUUCCUCAAAGCAUUGCAAGAAGUGAAUUCAUAUGAAUGUGAGGUUCCCGAGCCUGCUUUGAGAUAACCUGUCCCCUUCAGAACUUCUGUUCUCACCAAGCUUUGCACCUUCCAACUAAUCUGGUCACAUUCCGCUGGGUCCCUUCACCCAACUAACUGGUAUUGAUUGUAAAUUGCUGAGGCCUGGGACCUGAUCUAUUCAGUACCUGACUAAUCAUCAACCCAUGCCAAUCUGGAAAUGACCUUUUUAUGCCCCCUGUCUGGUUUCUAUCCUUUAUUGAACCAAUUCUCUUUCAAUGCAAAUGUUUUCAGUGAGCAUUACCAUUGGGUCAUAGAGACUUACAGCAUGGAAACAGGCCCUUCGGCCCAUCUUGCCCAAGUUGCCCAGUUUUCACAAUCAAAGGAGCCUCAUUUGCCUGCAUUUGGCUCAUUUCCCUCCAUAACUCUCCUAGAAAUGUUUUCUAAAUGAUGGAAUUGUACUUGCUUCCACCACUACCUCUGACAGCCAAUUCUAGACACCCCCCCACCCUCUGUGUGAAAAAAAUAGUCUUUCUGGACCAUUCUGUAUCUCCCCCUCUCACUUAUUAUUAAGCUAGGGGGCUAUUGCUGGGGGUCACCUAGCUCAGUUGCCUGGAAGUCUGGUAAGUGAUGCCAACAGCAUGGGUUCAGCUCCAAUGCCAGCUGAGGUUACCAUGAUGGGCUGUCUUUCUCAAUCUCUCCCCUGGCCUGAAGUACAAUGACCCUUGGAUUAAAGCACCACCCUCCGUCACUUUAAUGAGAGACUAGGCUGCGGUAACUAUAUUUAACCAAGAGAGAUUGGCCAAUCUGGCCCAGAUCCUGUCUGCAGUGUCAGCAGCCCUGUACUUAUACAGGUGUGAUAUCCCACUUUAGGAGUGAGAAAAUCAACUCCAGCAUGUUUACAAUUUUGCUUCAGUUUGUUUGAACUGAAUGUUCCAUUAAAGGUUUAUGAAAUGCUUGUAAACCAGUGUAAGACAAUUCAAAUAAUAUUUCAACCCUAUUAGAGCAGGGAAGGCAAAUGUACUUUGAAUUGGGCAUCAUUGAAUCUGGAAGGAGACUGUGGCAGGAAAGGCAUUCCCUUGCCUUAUCCCAUUGUCUAUGCAGAGUUCAAUCAUGACAAUGAAGCAACUAAAGCAACUAUUCAAUUUUCACUUUCUUAAUUUGGAAGAAGAGUCAGCAGUGACCUGUGGUUGCUGUAGUUGGGAGAGGAAAGCAGAUUUUAACCAUUAGCCUCAAUAUCAGUGCAGGAAGACCAGACUGUCCCAAGUGCUGUUAGCAUGUUACUGCUGUUAGAGCAUUAUUACUCCAGCUGCAGUGAUGAAUUCUUUGUUUAGUGUGGGGGCAGGGGAGGGUUGAUGGGGGUGGCAAUGGCCUAUUUAAUCCAGAGACCCAGAUAAUGUUCUGAGGACCCAAGUUCAAAUCCAACCAUGGCAACCAUGAAUCCAUUGUCAAUUGUCAGGGAAAAGCCCAUCUGGCUCACUGAUGUCCUUCAGGGAAGGAAACUGUCAACCUUGCCUGGUCUGGCUGACAUGUGACUCCAGACCCACAGCAAUGUGGUUGACUCAACUGCCCUUUGGGGAAGGGCAAUAAAUGUUGCUUGGUCAGAGACACCCUCAUUCCAUUAAUGAAUAAACUUAUUUGAAAUGUCAGUCCAUAUUGUUUAAAUGAAGCCCCCAUUGCAGUUUCCCAUCUUAAUUUUGACUUGCCAGCUGAAGAUCUCCCAUCAGUGGGUUUUCCUGGGCUGGGUUGGAUAUGGCCUGCGGUACAUUCAGACCGACACAUUUUGCAGUCAGUCGGCAGAGGGGAACUGAAUGUUUGGCAGAAAAGCCAAGGGUUUGAUAUUGAUGUGUGCGGUCCUUGUUGAGAGUAAAUGUUAGGACCAAUCAGAGAUUAGAUGGUGUUCAGCUUCUCAACAUCCACCUAGGCAGUGCUAGGAAGAUGUUGUAAUUUAGACGCUCUUAGCCAAAACGGCGCUUCAUUAUUUUUGUGAGAUGCCACUGCCAUUUUUGUUCAAAAGACAGGUCAUGUGAUAAUCCCCAGUCAGUUUGGUGUGCUGUAUGCUAUGUUUGGUGUCAAUGUUUUGUGGUUAGGAGUUUAUGUUUGACUGGAAUUUAGACACUUUCCAGGAUUGGACAUAUCCCAACGCUCCAGCCUUCCUAUUCCUGAGGACCAGGAGUUUUGAGGUCUUCUCUGUAUUAGAGACUCCCACUCCCGACCCUAACCAGUAAACACAUAGAGCUACUGAUGGCACCAGCAUAACAGGGGACCCCCCUCAUGGUUUCUGGAGGCAACAGGUUAGGAAGGAGUAGCAACUCAAAUGCAAGGAAAUAUGUGAUAAGACUGAUUUUUUAAAAACAUAUUACCAAUAUUAAAACAAAGCACCUAUCUUGAAUUGUUUCGAUCUCUAAGUUUAAUGCCAACAUGGGAUACUGUCUCUUUACUGACUGUAUCAAAGCUUUCUGUGAAAAUGCACAAUUGUACAAAUUGGAGAUUUCUGGCCGAUUUUUCUAACGGGUGUGAGAUGUGUUCCAUUCCUUUUCAUGAGCUAAAAUUUAGUUGUUUCACAGGGUUCUUUGCUGCUGGUCAGUUGUAACUGUUUCAGUUGAAAGCCUGUAACUGCUGAUGGCCAGAAUGAUUGAUGUACAUAUUGAGAAUCAUAGGAUCAUUUAUAGAACCAUUUCAAAUCUGUCAAAAUUCACAAAGGCCACAGCUACAAUGCUCACUGUUACAGACCAUCUUAACACCCAUUUUCUAAACACUUUUACAGCACUCUUUUAUUUCUUAUAUUUGGUCAUGAGAUAUGGGUGUUGCUGGAUAGGCCAUCAUUUAUUGCCCAUCCCUAAUUGCCCAGGGGGCAGUUAAGGGCCAGCCACGUUGCUCUGGGUGUGGAGUCAGAUGUAGGCCAGGCUAAGGGUAAGCACAGCAGAUGAUCCGGGUCUGGGCACAUUUUUUUGGAUUUCUAUUGGAAUUGCCUGGAUUAUCCUGGGCAUGUGCAUAAGGGCAAAGUUACUGUUUUUGUGUGUUUGUUCGUGCACAAAGUCCAGGCAGGCAACCAACACACCACUCCCAUAAGAAACAAAAUUAUUUAAAUAAGGAUAUAAGGCCUUGAGCAAAGCAAUUCAAAAUGCAAACAGCGUGGUCAGAGAUGGCAAACUGCUGCUUGAUCUGUUGAGCAGGAUUCAAUAUUGGUUUUUGGAGAAAGGGUGUGUGAAUUCACAGAAAAGCCAACUGUUGUCUCUUGUUCCAGAUUUAUAUAGUACUUUGAUAGUACUCAUGUUUGCUACUGCUCAUACCGGUGUGUAGGCUGGAUCCACGUUUUCAGUUCGAUUCCUGAUGUGUACAGGAUGUGUUGUUCUGAAGCUGGCAGCUUGCAGGCACUUUCACUGGACAGCAGGUUGCCACUGUGACUGUAAGAUGAUUGCAUAUGCGUGCUGUAGUGCGUGGUUUGUUUGAUGCAUAUUUCUAAAGGAAGCUGUAAAGAUGAUUACUUGUAUUCUGAAAGCAACGCCAUGUACAUAGUGUAUCAAUAAAAGCAAAUGAAAGGUU